AUGUUUGGCAAGUCACUCGGUGUUUCUUCCUCUCAUCUGGUUGGUGGUGUCAACCUCUCCGAAAUUCCUCUAGAAUUCUGGAACAAUGAAAACGUGGUUCAAUUUCUCAAACAAUCCAACUUUGAUGAUUCCGUCAUUCAACUCUUUCAAACUCAACAAUUUGAUGGCAUUGCUCUCAUGAAUAUCAGCGUUGAAAUUUUGGUUCAACUAGGAGUACGGAGAGGAGUUGCCAUUUCCAUUGCGAAUCGGGUGAAGGAAAUUAAACAACAAGAACAAAAAAAGAAGGAACAAGAAAAUAACAAUGGAAUGGUCACAAAUGCUACCAGUUCAUCAUCAUCACCAAUAUCAAACCCAUCAUCAUCAGGAGGCGGUGAGGUUUGUAAAGACCCAGCCACGAAAAACCAUACGGAGGAUUUAACAGAAGAAGAUAUGAAUGAAAUGAGAGAAAUGGGACAAGAUAUGCAUCAAGGUAAUCUCGAUUCUACAUGGUCUGGAUCUUCGAGUAAUGAAUUAAGUAGCUCAUUGGGAAAGGCGUCGUAUAUUAAUGUUGCUGAAUGUUCUCCAUGGAAUGUCAAUAAUUUUUCCUCCGAGCAACACAAGUAUCGUGAAUUUUGUAUGAAAAAACUUGGAGUGGUCAUGAAAGAUUAUGGGCCUGCAGUCGCUGAAACAGUAUGCCAGAAUUUGAUAUUUCAUGAGAGAUUUUUGUACAAAUUUUUAAAUCCACAGCGUUUACCUCAAUACCAAUCAUCUGGAGUGAACAAACCAAAAGAAUCAUAUUUAAAGGUAAAAUUAGUUGUUACAGAAUUGAGUGAGGCUUCAGCUCACAGAUUAAUUCGUAGAUUUGGGAGUGUGCUUGGAUACACAAAGGGUACCGCUUAUGGAAUGUUCCAUACAGCAUUAAUUAUUGGACCGUGGUAUUUGGAAUGGGGAGAUUCUUCCAUAGCAGUUGUUAGAAAACGUUCUUCUUCCAAAGCUGUUUUCACUCUUGAUGUAGAUACUAUUAGAGGUUCAGAAGUAAAUAUUAAGCUUGUUGAACUAGCAAAAGUUUGUGCAGAGUGGAAUCGAACGCAAACAUAUCAUAGAGAUACAUGUAAUUGUCAAUAUUUUACGGAAACAGUUAUUGAACGACUUGGCUUGAAACCUGCAUUCGAUAAAAAAGUUGAAGGACCUAUUAAGACCUAUCUCGACAAGCUCAAAAAACAUGGAGUGUGUGACUUGGCUUUUCAUGUUGACAAGAAUUUGAAAAACAAAUUAUUAACAACUAACAUAGAUCAAAAAAUAACAGACAGUGACAUGUAUCAUUUAAUUUCAGAAAUGAGAGAAAAGAUUUCAAAAUCGAGUACUAUUGAAUUCAAGACACACAAAGAUUUGGAUAAAUUUGUCAAAGCAGUGGUUCAUGUACUUCCAUUAUUCACAAGCACUCCAGAUUACCUAUUUUUGAAAGGAUUUGAUAGAGCUUUCUGGCUUAGAAAAGAAGCUACCAAUCACAACCCAGAGAUUUGUUUACCUUUACUGUCAUCAAGUAAUGGAUGUUUGUGUCCUUUCAAUCCCCAACAAAACGUGUUAAUAGAUGACGUACACAUGACUGUAUGUGGAAAGGAUUAUGUCCUCGAAGAAAAUUGUGUUUUGCGCUUGCCAUCAUUUAGGACUGACAACAUGUAA